GAAACUUCGCCACCGUUCUGGUCCUUUCUUCAUCAACAACAGUCUCCCUCAGCUCACCUCCCUUAUAACUAAACCAUCUCCUCCGCCACACCCAUAGCUUUCUUCAUUCAAUUUUUGCCGCAUUCCAGCUUUGUUCAAUUCAUAAAGACACAGACAACUUUUAAGAGCAUCAAGCAUGGGUGUAGAUUACUACAAGCUCUUACAGGUCGACAAGAGCGCAACAGACGACGAGCUCAAGAAGGCGUAUCGGAAAUUAGCCAUGAAGUGGCACCCUGAUAAAAAUCCCACCAAUAAGAAAGAAGCCGAGACCAAAUUCAAGCAGAUCUCUGAGGCUUAUGAGGUUUUGAGUGAUCCCCAGAAAAGAGCAAUCUAUGAUCAGUAUGGUGAAGAAGGGCUUAAAGGCCAAGUGCCGCCGCCAGAUGCCGGUGGGCCUGGUGGUGCUACAUAUUUCCAGACCGGAGACGGGCCUAAUGUGUUUAGAUUCAACCCCAGGAAUGCCAAUGACAUUUUUGCUGAGAUUUUCGGGUUUUCUAGCCCGAUGGGCGGUGGAAUGGGAGGAGGAGGUGGUGGUGGGAGUGGCAUGAGGGGUGGGAGAUCAUUUGGUGGAAUGUUUGGGGAUGACAUUUUCAGUUCGUUUGGAGAAGGCGGCCGGCCGAUGAGUCAGGGACCGAGGAAAGCUCCUCCUUUGGAGAGGAAGUUGCCGUGUACCCUUGAGGAGCUCUAUAGGGGAACCACAAAGAAGAUGAAGAUAUCUAGGGAGAUUGCAGAUGCAAGUGGGAGGACAUUGCCAGUGGAGGAAAUCUUAACCAUUGAGGUGAAGCCUGGCUGGAAAAAAGGAACAAAGAUCACUUUCCCAGAGAAAGGGAAUGAACAUCCAAACGAAGUCCCUGCAGAUCUUGUAUUCAUAAUCGACGAGAAACCACACAGCCUAUUCACUAGGGAUGGGAACGACCUAGUUGUUACACAGCGGAUCUCGCUGGCGGAAGCUCUAGCAGGUUACACUUUGCAUCUCACCACACUGGAUGGGAGGACCCUCAACAUCCCCAUCAAUUCUGUCAUUCAUCCAACCUAUGAAGAGAUUAUCCCACGGGAGGGUAUGCCUAUACCUAAAGAUCCCUCCAAAAAGGGAAAUCUUAGAGUGAAAUUCGACAUCAGAUUUCCAACUAGGUUGACUUCUGACCAGAAGGCCGGAAUCAAGAAACUCUUGGGUCCAUAAUCUUACUGUUGUUUCUGAGUCCUGUGUUUGUGAAUAUUUUUUGAGAUGACUUGGAUUUGUAACGAGUCGCUUUAAUUUUAUAGGUCGAGAGAUUUGGUUGAAUUCAGAAAUAAAUAGUAGCGUCACUUGCGUGA